AUGAACUACCAUGUUCUACAAAUGUCGGUGAACGAAUAUCAGAAGUCACUCAAAGAGGUAAUGAAAAUGCUGGAAAGACACGAUAGUAAAAUAAGUGCACACGAUAAAAUGAUCAAUGAUAUAAACGAAUCAGUGACUAAGUUAUCAAAACGACUUGUGAAGGUAGAAACAAAUUCUCAGAAAAAGUACGACGAGAUUAUUAAAGCUGUUACUUCAAUUAAAUCCAAGAUGUUCGAGCUCAAAGAGGAGCUUCCAGAAUUUAUUGAGGGAUCGAUCUCUGCCGCUCACGACAAACAGGCCACUGUGCUCCUGACUGCAAUGAACACUAAGUUUGAGGAAUUUGUCGAACUGCUGAAUCCGAAGGAUGCCCUGCACCAAGGAACGGAUAGCGGACCACCCCGCAGCGGACGCCACAGAGGACUACGCGUCGGAGGACUACGCAUCAAAGGACGCAGCGGAGAAUGCAGCAACGGCUAGGUGCAAGAAGAGUUUUAUGUGUUGUGACUCUGAGGACGUGUCCCUCUUGUUAUGUUCUAUUGUUUAGUGUUCUUGGAGUCCUGCAUGUUUAGGCUACAUGUGUUGUUUUCUGUUGAUUGUGUUCUUGGAGAUGGUGAUGCUUCCUCCCCUUUCGCUGAGUCGCUGAGUUGGUUCGUUGUGCCGAGUCGUCAUUUCCAUAGUUCCGUGUUGAUUGAUUG